GACAGGUCGGCCGUGCGGGAGCGCGUGUGGCGGCGGCGGGCGGGGGUCCCGGCCCGGCUCCCCCGCUAUGGCCACGUCCCCGUGCAGCAGCAGCGGCGUCUCCUCGUCGUCCUCGUCGGGACUGGGCGCGGACGCGGGGCUGGAGAUCCGCACGCGCUCCGUGGAGCAGACGCUGGUGCCGCUGGUGUCGCAGAUAACUACUCUUAUUAAUCAUAAGGAUAAACCAAAGCGUUCAGACAAGACUCUGCAAGCAAUUCAGCGAGUGGGCCAAGCAGUUAACCUGGCAGUUGGAAGAUUUGUUACAGUGGGUGAAGCCAUAGCCAACGAAAACCAUGAAUUGAAAGAGGAAAUGAGUGUUGCUUGCAUUGAGGCAAGGAGAGCAGGUGAAACAAUUGCACAGCUUACAGAUGUGGCAAGCUUGGAUCAUCCGGAAUCUGAUAGCCACAUAACAAUCUUUACGGACAAAACGGGUGUGGUAAAAGCUGCAAGAUUGUUACUUUCUUCUGUCACAAAGGUGCUGGUGUUAGCAGACAGAAUUGUUAUAAAGCAAAUUAUAACUUCCAGAAACAAGGUUCUUGCAACAAUGGAACAACUAGAAAAAGUCAGUAGUUUCCAGGAGUUUGUACAAAUAUUCAGCCAGUUUGGAAAUGAAAUGGUAGAGUUUGCCCAUUUAACUGGAGAUCGGCAAAAUGAUUUAAAGGAUGAGAAGAAAAAGGCUAGAAUGGCAGCAUCUAGGGCUGUUCUUGAGAAGUGCACCAUGAUGCUCCUGACUGCUUCAAAGACUUGUCUGCGGCAUCCAGACUGUGAAUCCGCUCGCAUUAACAAAGAUGGAGUUUUUCAUCGGAUGAGACUAGCUUUGGAACAGGUAAUAGAAAUUGUAACUGACUCUAGACCAAAUGGAGAAAAUGAAAUGGCCCCCAUCAGCAUAUAUUCUGGCAUCAAAGAAUUCAAGAAUAAGGUGGAGGGUCUUCGUGAGAAUCUUUAUUUUCUCUCAAAAGAGAACCUUUCGACAAUGCUGGAAGUUAUCCUGGAACAUACAGAAGACUUCACAGACUCUGCCUAUACCAGCCAUGAGCACAGAGAACACAUUUUGGAGCUGUCUAAACAGGCUAAAAUGGAACUAGAGCAGCUGGUUUCAGUGUGGAUGCAAGCUCAAAAUCAGAAGACAAAGGAUCUCAUGGAAGACUUGGAAGUAGCCAUUUUAAAAACAUGUCAGUGCAUGAAUGAACUUAAAAGAGAGGUCCACAGUGCAGCAACAUCUUUGGCAGCAGAUCUUCUAAAAUACCAUACAGAUCACAUGGUUCUCAAAGCAUUAAAAAUCACAGGAGUAGAAGGAAAUCUUGAAGCUGUGGCAGAAUAUACUUGCAAGCUAUCGGAGCAGAAAGAACAACUUGUUGAGAUGUGUCGCUUAUUGAGGCAUGUUUCUGGAACUGAGCCCCUUGAGAUAACUUGCAUACAUGCAGAAGAUACCUUUCAGGUCACUGGCCCACAGAUAAUUUCUGCUGCAGAAACACUGGCAUUACACCCAUCUAGCAAGAUUGCAAAAGAAAAUCUUGAGGUGUUCUGCGAGGCCUGGGAGUCUCAACUGAGUGACAUGUCUUUAUUGUUGAGAGAAAUCAAUGAUGUGUUUGAAGGAAGACGAGGAGAGAAGCGUGUCUACCUGUCACUGCCCAGACCGGGGAAGCAUAAUGCAAAUCUGAAAGCAUUAAAGCCAGUCAAACUAGAUACUGAGGAACAGGCAAAAAUUGCAAAACUUGGAUUAGAAUUGCAUCUCCUUACAUCUGAUGUGGAUUCUGAGACAGAGAAAUGGGAAGAUCAGGAGAAUGAGAUCGUGCAACAUGGACAAGGCAUGUCAAGUAUGGCCUACUCCAUGUAUUUAUUUACCAGAGGAGAAGGACUUUUGAAAACUACUCAAGAUUUAUUUCAUCAAGCAGAGAUUUUUGCCACAGAGGGCACAAAGCUUGCUUCAGCUCUUCAUGCUUUCUCUGAUCAGGUACACGAGGAUGACAAGCCUUUGCUUCUGUUGGAGGCUGAAAAACUCAUCUCUGUGUGUAAGCAGCUCCAGAUAACUGCUAAAGCUUCUGCUCAGGGUAAAAGUGCUACUUUUACAAAGGUUGAUGCAUGCAUUCUGAAAACAAGGAAUGUGAUGACUCUAUUAUGUCAACUUCUUCCACUUUGCUUCAAAUUACUGAGAAAGAAUAAAGCAGGAAAUGGUUGCCUUAAACCUGCUCCACCAUGGAAAGAAGACAGAAUACGAACUGGAACAAAUGCACACGCUCCAGAAAGAAGAGCAGAGACAUUUGGCAUCAAGUCUUUAGAAAAUCAUGUAACAAACAUGACAUUUUUAGAGAGCAAGUAAUUAUAGCACUGAGAAAUGCAGGAACUCCCAUUUGAAAAUAACACUUGCUGAAUUUUCAAUAUUGCUUUCAUUUGUGGAAAGUCAAGCCAGGUUAAUUUGAAAUGAAACUGUUGGCCUUUGUCACAUCUAAUAGAUGUCCCAUUACUUAGCCAUUACAACACCAGCUAGUCUAAAUGUUCUGUAUUUUUAUAAUGUGAAUGCCUUUCCUAUGCUCACUGAUACCGAUUUUGUAAUUAAUGCUUAUGAAUGUCUUACUGGAUGUUUCAACCCAAAGAUGCUGCUAAUAGACAUUUUAUGUAAAGACGCCUGUGCUGCAUAUGCUAUAUGUAACACUACUGUUGAAGUCUGUGAACUCAUCUCUGGCCUAUUUCAGUCUAUGUAUUUGAUAAAGCAGAAUCAGGAAUAUAGUCUGAAAGGCUGUGGCCCGAAGCACUGAAAUGUUAUCUUAGUUAUGAGUUAUACCUGCAAGGAAGUAGUCCUAG